ACUAGAAGACCUUGAAGAUGAAGAUGAAGAAGACAGCCUGGAUGACUAUACAGAUGAAGAUGUGAUUGACAGUGUUUGCAAUGCUCUUGCCAAUACUGUCCUCUCAUCGGUUCAAGGCCAACAUGCAUUAGUAGUUAUUUGGGAGUUUCUGAAGCGUAACAUGGAGUGGGUGCAAGAAGCUUUAGAAGUACCUGCCUUGUUACCUCUGACCUCCAGCAAUCCACCCACUGCCCUCAACUUCUCUCCGAAGCCGCCUGUGUACAACCCCCUGCACUACUACAAGAGGAUGAUCUACACACGUUUGGAUCAAGAAAGUCUCAUGAACUUCAAAGGAGACUGGGAUGCCAUUCUGUGAGUGGUGGUAUGCCCAAAGAGACAAUCGUUGACAUUCUUCGGCAAAGACCAGAGUUCCAGGAGGACCCCUACCUCACACCAAACCAGAAAUUAGCCAUGAAGAAAUUGGCUCCAUUUGUGGUCUCCAGCGAUGAUUGCAUUUCAAAAAUUGAGGAGUGAGAGAAUAUAAAGCAAGGAGAGUAGAAAGGGAGAAAAGAGAGCACAAAAAAUGAGCAGUAAGAGAAGGAUGAAUGAGGAGUGAAGAAAAGAAAAAAGGGGGAAAGAGAGAACAAAAGUGAAAACUGACAGAAAUAGGACAGAAUGAACAAAGAAAAAUGAAGGAGGAGUGAGUGAGCACAAAAAGAGUGAGAAAGGGUAAUGUGAAGACAUAGAACAAAAAGUAUGGAGUGAUAGAAACAAAAAUUGAAUGUGGAAAGAAAAUGGAGUGAGGGAAUGAACUGAUGUGUGCCUUUUAACUUGAAUUGGUUAUUAUUGAGGAGUUAAAAAAAAAAUUCUCAAGACAAUAUGAUUUGGUUAAGAAAACUAUCAUCCUUUUUUGGUUACUAUUUUAAUUGAAAAAGUAAACAUCAUGCUUUGUGAACUUAUUUGUUUUCAUUUAUAAAUUAAUUGUCAGUUAUAUAUAUAUCUAUCUAGAUCUCGAUACAAAAGCUGCCUCAGUUUAAAGAUUUACAGCUAGCAGAUAGCAUUAUCACAUAAUUGUCAUUGUUGAUUUAAUGUACAAUUUUUGAUGCUUGUUGACAGUUCUGAUCCAAACUGCUAUAUUGUAGGUGCUAAAUACAUAGGUGCUCAGUAGGAGAGUUCUUAUGUUAAAUUAUGUAGCUCUUACUUCAGCAUCUGAUAUAGCUACACAGUUAUUGUAAAUAUUGAAGUCUUUAUGAAUUAAUUGAUUAUUAAUUAUCUUGUACGAGUAAUUUCCUAAUUUUGUCUUGCUGUCUAGUGUACUUUUAAUUGUAGUUUAUAUCAAAUUAAUUUGGAAAGUUUAAUUUAUGAAAGGGCAAUUUUAAACAUGAAACAAAGAUCUGCUAAUAAUCUGUUGUUUGUGUAUAUUAUAUAUAUUGUAUAUGUUAAUAUUUGCCAAGUAAUAAAAUACAGUUGAGUUUA